CUCAUAUUACACUAUUAUUGCUGCUUUAUUGUACACAUCUGGGAGGAGAAGAUGCUUCAACCAUCCUACAUCCCUUUCCUCGUAGCAGGCAUGCUCUUAACAGGAUGCUCCAAUUCCCUCCUCAGCAAAUGGCAGGAUAUGAUCUGCGUCGAAGGAUGCACUCCUGCGGAUAACAGGCCAAUGGUUCUCUUCGAGCAGCCCGUAUGGCAAACACUGCAGAUGUUCGUCGGGGAGAUGCUAUGUUUCCUUCCCGUUCUCGCGCAGUACCUGCUUUCGAGGAGACAUAUUAGGCUGGAAGAGUCCGGACUGCCGGAGGAGGUGGAUGGGCAGGAGGUCGCCCAGAACGGGAAUGUGGAUGCAGAUGCGGAUGGGGUCAGGGUGGAGAAAGCGAAGCCUAUGACGGGGUGGACGCUAUGCUUGCUUUUCUUUCCCGCGUUUUUCGAUAUCUGCGGAACGACUUUGAUGAAUGUCGGCUUGCUGUACACGCCAGUAUCGAUCUACCAAAUGACGCGGGGUGCGCUCGUCCUCUGGGUAGGCCUAUUCAGCGUCCUCUUCCUCCGCCGCCGGUUGUGGAUCUACCAAUGGCUCGCGCUAAUGACAGUCAUGGGCGGGGUGUGCGUCGUUGGCGUCGCGGGUAGUCUGGCCAAGGAGAGGGGUAUCAUACCGCAAAAGCCUGAGGAAGUGGGCGAGGCCAUCAGGGUCGUAGCGCGGUGGUUGGUCAAGGUUCGCGCGGAGAGGGAGGAGAAGCCCGCUACAGCUGUAGCGGUUGGAGUGCUCUUUGUGCUCUUUGCGCAGAUCUUCACCGCAUGCCAGUUCGUCGUAGAAGAGAAGAUAAUGGAGCGAUAUUCCGUCGGUCCUCUACUCGCAGUCGGGAUGGAAGGGCUCUUCGGCACACUGACGACUCUAGCUGCUAUGCCCAUUCUCUCCCUGUUCGCCUCCCAUUCCCCCUUUUUCGACUUCCCGCGUGGGUGGGACCAGAUCAUCCAUUCCCAGCCGGUGAUACGGGGCAGCGUCGCGAUCGCGCUGAGUAUUGCGCUAUUUAACUUUUUCGGGUUGAGCGUGACAAGGCACGUGAGCGCUACGGCGAGGAGUACGACGGAUACGUGCCGUACUCUGGGGAUCUGGCUUGUCUCCCUCGGCCUUGGGUGGGAACACCUAACGUACCCAUGGUCGAUCCUCCAAGUAACAGGCUUCGCUCUGCUGGUAUACGGCACCUUCCUAUUCAACAACCUCGUUUCCCCGCCAUCCUUCCUCCGGCCGCAUACCGUCGUCCCACCUAUCGAAGGUGCAGAAGAAGCGCUAGGAGAAGAGGAGAGAGAGGAAGAGAGAGGGCUGUUGAGCGAGCAAGUGUUGAGGGAUACUGCUGCGCUCCCUGCGGAUCUUGGCCAGGGGGGAUUUGAUGUUGAGCCUGCUCCACGUUCCCCGUCUGUGCACGUGAGGACUGAGUAGUGUCGUACGGUACUCUUUGCCAUUGGAUGGUGUUUAGCUAGGAAUGGACAAGCA